CCUCCUUCAUCCUCAUCCUCUGCCUUAUCCUCUCCUUUAUUUUCAUGCUCGUAUCCUUUCCAGAUCACCAUCAUCAUCAUUUUAUUGUUAUCAUUCUUAUUUCUUUGGUCGUGUUCUCCAAAGUUGAGUGACAUGAGAAGUGUGAACCAGUGGAAUGAAUAAUAAGUCCAGUGUUUCUGAAGGCACUGAAAGGAAACACGAGAUGGAAAUUAGUAAUGGCUGGUGUGCGCGUUGUAGCGUUGGCCUCCUGUGCUCUGCUUGUCUCCGCUCAGAUCCACUUUCCGGACUCAAUAAGCACCUCGCCUUCCCGAACCUCCUCCCCUGCAGUGUCGCCUUCAAAGUUCUCAUCUACGUCUUCUUCAGCGUCACCUUCAAGAUUCUCUCCCGCGUCCUCUCCUGUCUCCCAUUCCUCCUCAGCCUCUCCAUCCUCCCCGUCCUCUUCUUUCUCCCCCUCCUCCUCGUCUUCCUCUUCCCCUUCCUCCGCCAACGCCCCGUCUAAAGUAGGGCAGACAAGGUUCCUCGGCGGAGCCCUUAGCGUGCUAGAUCCUCUUGGCAUCUUCCACAAUCAGUGUGAUCGCUGUUCCACCUUCAAUCAACAGUGCUGCAGCUCACAAGGCCGCUGCUGUCACUCCCAGCCUGUGUCGCCCCUCGGCCCUCCCACACACACCUUCCCUGGACAAGGGCAAUUUCCAGGACAGUUCCCAGGACAGUUUCCAGGACAAUUCCCAGGGCAAUUCCCAGGACAAGUUCCAGGACAGUUUCCAGGGCAGUUUCCAGGACAGUUCCCAGGGCAAGUUCCAGGACAGUUCCCUGGUCAGUUUCCAGGACAGUUCCCAGGACAGUUCCCAGGUCAGGUAGGACAGCUAGGCACUCAUGGGUUCAAGGCUGGAGUGUGUCCUGUGUCAGCCGGCAUCCCUACAGGUUUCUCUAGGUUCGGUGGCGGUGCUCCUUGCGUGAAGGAGUGCCAGGGUGACUUCCAGUGCCAUGACAUAAAGAAGUGCUGCCCCAUUGGAUGCUCCUUUGCGUGCCGCACCCCGCAGGGAGCACCCCCCAUCGUGGAGCCGGCCGUCAAGCCUGGCUUCUGCCCUGGGAUAGGUUUCCGCUCGGGGACUGGCGCCAGCCCCAACACUCGCAGCCAGCAAAAGGACGGAAAGGAGCGCCAACAGAAACGCAAGGAAAGUCGACAGAAAAGCCAAGACAACCGUGGUCGGAGCCGUAGGGAGGCUGGCGACAACCCCUGGGACCGCCGGACGCGACGCUCUCCUCACCACGAGGAAGACCGCAACGACCGACGGGAGUAUCGCCGUAACCGCUUCGCAAGACUCCACCGCCGACCCAUCCGCUCCGCCAGGAGUGUCAGUGAUGCUGACGCGCGGGUGGUGCGCCAGAGUGGCGGGAGCGGAGUAGGCGGCAGCAGCGGCGGCGCCAAGCCCAACCAAAGGUUCUUCGGGAGCAGCCCUUUCUGUGCCUCCAACUGCCUCAGUGACUUUGACUGUGCGGGACCCCUCAAAUGCUGCUCCGUGAACCUACAGUGUGCACAGUGCACGGUACCGCUCGGCUAGUGCCCACUGCCCAGCUGGCUGGCCACAUGGCACCAUCACGUCCACAGCAGCACGCCAUGCCUACACAAGUAGGCCUAUUGUCCAGGAAAAUUUUGCACGUGUUCCGCUGUUCGUAGACAAAUACUGUUGUUCAAUAUUUUUUCCCUUGUACUUUAUCUACGUACUAAUUAUGUACUUUCUUCUUCUUUAAUUUUAUUUAUUUAUUUCGUCAUAUUUAGGCGAUAUUUGUGUUACUGUUUAUUAUUUAUGCCUAUUCUGAAAGCGUGAUGUGUGCUGGGCUAAUAAUAUUGAAAUAUUUAGCUCAUAACAUUCAGUGCAAGUUUAUGAUAAUAAUAUAUAGAUAAUAACUCCUACACACACACACACACACACACACACACACACACUAGUAUGUAGUAUGUAGACCCUAUAAUGGUAAUUGUAUUUUGAACGUCAUCCGGCAACACUUUUGGCUUCCUCAUGAACCGAAUCACCCUCUGCUUCAACCCCACCGUUCACCGGCCACUGAACUUUGUUGCCAACUCCCUGCCUACACAUAUGGCUCUCUCUCUCUCUGCCUUCACUGGUCGGCCUGCGUUGUACUUACGACGGCUCCUGAAAUUAACUCACAGUUCCAUCAAACCUGUACUACCUGUAAGGUUUAGAAUAAGCUUUAUUUUUAAGCUUUCAUCUGUAUAAGAACCUAUCGGCCUACAUUUAUUUAUGUCGACAAAGGAAAGUAAAAUGUAUCGUUCUGAACGUUUUAUUUUUAA